UAUUUAAUUCACAAUAAAUAAAAUAUUAUAAGAUAUCAAUGAAAAUGACAACUUAAUUGAAAUAAAUUUAUAAAUACAAGAGAAUCGGACAAGGUGUGUGGUCAAACAACAGGCACAAGGUGUGGCAGAGGAAGGCCCCUGCUUCAUUAAUGACUUACAAUGUUGAUGAGAGUGAUUGUUUGCCUGCUGGCCCUUGGUACUACAGUGGUACUAGCACAACUACAGAACCCAACUCAUCAAGAUUCUCUUCUGGAUGAAGAGGAGAAAAAAUGCCCCACCAAUUGGUUCUUUAACAAGUUGUCCUGUUAUAAGUUUGUCCGGUCACCGGUGAAGACCCGUCAGCAGGCCAGAGCUCAGUGUCAGGCAUAUGGUGAAGGUUCAGACUUAGUGAGUGUGAGUGACAAAGAAGAACAUGGUUUCCUCACGAGACAUCUGCAUGAAAAUGACCCCCUACAGAGGACAUGGUACACUUCAGGGUACCAGAAGACCCCCAGCUUCUGGGAAAAUGAAGGAGAUGGAACUUCAUAUCAAGACAUGAUGGAAGCUAUACUGCCUAACCAAGGCAACAGCCCCACCAAGAAUUACCUUGCAUAUAGUUAUUCAUUUCGACACAAAGAAUGGGGUUUGUUGAUGGUUGAUGGAGAUGAUCCCCUACUGUACAUGUGUGAAAUUCCCCAAAGGAACCUCAAUUUGUUAAUUGAUGAGUCAGUUGAACGAGACCAUGAAUAUGGCAUCAUCGUCAAGGAUCCUAAGAAGAUACCUCGAGCUCCUGUAAUAGUGAAGCAGCCUGUGAACACCAUGUUUGAUCUUGUGCGUAGGGAAGUGAUUAACUAUGUCUCUAUGAUGUGUUUGGCUGAAGGUUACCCACACCCAACAUACGAAUGGUAUAAAGAAACCUACGAAAACGAAGCCAUCAAGGCAGAGCGUAUGGACCCCUUGAAAGACCAACGCUUUACUGUUUCUGGAGGAACGCUCAUCAUUAAUGAUCCAAAGCAGGUUGAGGACCGAGGCAAAUACCAUUGUCGAGCCACCAAUGAGUUUGGUACUGUCAUAUCGGAGAGCGUCCAGUUGUUCUUUGCCUAUGUUGCUGAGUUUAACCUGAAAAGGUCAAAUGAACAAGGGAAUCAAUUUUGGGGCAAAGCCAUCUUCUGUGAUCCACCUCAACAUUUUCCUGGUGUACGCUAUUACUGGGCCAGAGACUAUUUCCCUAAUUUUGUUGAAGAGGACAGAAGAACGAUGGUCUCAUUUGAUGGAAACUUAUACUUCUCCUACUUGGACUUUAUUGAUAAUGGUCGCUACAGCUGCAAUGUUCAAAGUACUGUAUCGCGUAUUGGCAAGAAUGGCCCUUUCUUCAAUCUGGAAGUUUACCCACAUCCCAAUUACCAGCAACUGAAGUUUGCCAACAAUUUCCCCAAGGCCUUCCCUGAAGCACCAGUGAGAGGGGAAGAUGUCAGACUUGAGUGCAUUGCUUUUGGAUACCCCGUUCCGAAUUACAACUGGACCCGAAGAAAUGGGCAGCUCCCCCGAGGUGCCCAGCUGAUGAACUACAACAGGGUUUUGGUGUUACCCAAGGUCGAGCCAUCUGAUGUAGGAGACUACAUAUGUCGUGCUCAGAACUCAAGGCUUUCAGUAGAAAACACCAUAUCCUUAAGCAUCCAAGCUAAGCCAAGUUUCACCAUUCGUUUGAAUGACCAGUUCAUUGCUAAAGGAUCCGACCUAAUCUGGGAAUGUGAAUCUUUCGGUAUACCUGAUGUAGAUUAUGAGUGGCUGAGGAACUCAGAACCACUGGUAUUUGAGACUCUGUCUGAAGAGGAACAGCUUCGUUAUGAGAUCAUUGACAGUGUUUUAAAGAUAAAGGGAGUCCAAGAGUCAGACGAAGCCACUUACCAGUGUAAAGCAACCAAUCAGCUUGGAUCUUCAUACUCUUCUGCUCAACUGAAAGUUUUAAAGCUUGCUCCCACAUUCCGCAAGAAGCCUGUUGAAGCUGAGAUGUAUGCUGCUGAGGGUAAAAAUGUCACUAUUGUGUGCAAUCCUGAAGCAGCCCCGAGGCCUAAGUUUGUGUGGCGGCAAAAUGGAUUAGUUAUUGGAAGUGGCGGCCGUCGUCGCAUUCUUCGUAACGGCAACCUGGUCAUAAACCCAGUGUCUCGGGAAGAUGGAGGCAACUACACUUGUACUGCUGAGAAUACUUAUGGAACUGAUAUGAGUUCUGGCCGUCUCAUCGUGUUAAACAAACCAGAAUUCUAUCUAAGUCCCCCUGAACUAAUAACCAGCUCUAAAGGGGAGACCAUAAAUCUGGAGUGUGAGGCUUAUACUGACCCCUUGCUAGAUACAACUUACUCCUGGCGACACAACGGCUUACGAAUUGAGUUAGACGACACAGAAUAUUUGCGUUACAUCGCAUAUGAGCAGGGAUAUGAAUUUGACUAUAAGAGGAGGCUGUAUAACCUCUAUGAUAGUCCGUAUGAGGCCUCCACGUACUUGAAAGAGAGGGAGGAAGAGAUAUACAUGAGCAAGAGAGAACCACCCUAUCAAAAGGGUAAUCGCGCUGGCCACCUCCGGAUUGUGAACUUGACUCUGGCAGAUGCAGGCGUUUAUGAGUGUGUAGCCAAGACUCCAGUCGCGAAGAUUGCCAUCUCCACUACUCUUGUUAUCCACGGCCCCCCGGGACCUCCUGGUGGAGUAGCGGCUGUGGAUCUUACAAGCAUGAAUGCUCGAGUGCAGUGGACUGACGGAGCGAGCAAUGGACAACCUAUAGUGAAUUAUACCAUACAGACACGCACUCAGUGGACAAGGAAAUGGAAAACUGUGGCUGAACACAUAACAGCAAAGACGAUUGAUCCCAAUAAUGGACGUAGAGAGUGCCAGCUGGUUGACGUCCUCUCUCCCUGGGCGUCUCAUGAAUUCAGAGUCCAAGGUUUAAACAGCCUUGGUAAAGGGCAGUUCUCUGCACCAUCACCACAGGCCAACACCAAACAGGACAUUCCCUUCACGACACCCACCAACUUAGGAGGUGGAGGAGGCAAGACUGGAGACCUUACCAUCACCUGGGAUCCGCUCCCUGGAGAGUACCAGAAUGCCCCCGGUGUGUACUACAAGCUGUUCUGGAAGCGCACUGUCAUUGAUCCUGAGACAGACUAUCGGAGCAUUGUUUUAAGGAACCGAGGCAAUGUUGGCAUGCAUGUUGUUGAUGUGAAUCCCAUCAAGUACUUUUACACUCAAUAUAAUGUGAAAAUACAAGUAUGGAACAGCCAUGGCCCUGGACCAGUUAGUGACCCAGUGGAGAUCUUCUCUGCUGAAGACAUGCCUCAGGUGCAGCCAACAGAAGUCUCUGCUUUUGCUCAUAAUGCUACAUCUCUCAAUGUAACCUGGCAGCCCAUUCAUCCCACUCGGGAUAACAUUCGUGGAAAACUUGUCGGUUACCGGAUCAAGUACUGGAGAAGGGAAGAUAAUGAGACUGAUCACAUCAUCAAGCUGCAGAGGGGCACAAAGCCUCAUGGUCUUAUUGUUGGCUUAAUCCCUAACACAUUCUACUGGGUGCGAGUGAUGGCAUACAACCAGGCGGGGUCAGGACCAGAGAGUGAGAGGUUCCUCGAACGAACAUGGAGACAUCCUCCCCUCAUGCCUCCAAAUGCAGUCAAGGUUUACCCUAUCAAUCCAAGUACCAUUCGUGUUACCUGGCGAGGUGUUACCCCAACACCCGCGGAGGAACCACUCAUUGGCUACAAGAUCAAAGUCUGGGAAGCAGAUCAAGAUUUUACAAAGGCAAAUGAUACAUUUGUGUACAUUGGCUCUCCACUCGAGGCAUAUAUUCAUGAUCUCACCCCUGGAAAGUCCUUCAAACUGCGUGUACUGGCAUUCUCUCGGGGUGGGGAUGGCAAGAAAUCUUCACCUCCAUGGAAAUUCCAGAUGGGGGAUACUGAUGUCCUGCGAGGGGAUGGUCUGACCCCAGCCCCCAACCACUGCCUCAACACCACCAUUGUCAUCACUUUCGUGGUUGCUUUUUUAACUCCUCUUCUGCGAUCCAGAAUUUUCACAGCUCACUGAAGAUGUACUUUUCAUCCCAAACUUUUAUUGGUCACUGUGACUGAAGACUUAAAUGCCAUCUUUUAGUUAUUUACUUGGAUUAGUAAAAUCCAGUCCAUAGUGUUGACAUAUUUGGUAAGUAAAGAAUCCGAUCCAUUAAUGUCGUCCACACAUUGUGUCUUGUAUCACAAGAUACCAAGUGACAUAAUGUUUUAGCUAUGGUAGUACUGUACAGUACUACUUUGACACUUAUUAUCAAUAACAAGUAAAUAAUUUAUUUUUAGAAUUUACACAAGAUAACUUUCAUGUGACUGAUUUGCAAUAAUUAUUAUAUAUUUUAAUUAUAUUUUAGUCUUAUAGCCUUAGCCAAUCACAGAAGUAUUACAGAGAUUGCCUUUAUCUCACUAAUGCAUUUUGCAUUUAGUAAACUUAGUAUAGAUUAUGACAUGUACACACUCUCAGACAUCCACAAUGCAGUAAACCCUCUCAUGUAAAUUCAACAACAGUGUUCCCUUCUCUCAAAUGGGAGUUGAUGACUUAAAGAUUUAACACUAGCUUAAUUGUAACCCAGUUGCCAAAGAAGAUUAGCUCCAGUAACAUUCUGCUCAUUAUUGGUUUAUUAAAUGUAAAAAGAAUAGGACAUUGUCAAGUUUUGGGUCUCUGAAAGUUAGUUAAUGUGUUACCUUGUUGAAGAAUUAAGGAAUGGUAGUAAUCAUUAAAUGAAUUUAGGAAAGUUAUAUAAAUAGUUUUGGAAAAUUCUCAGUUGAAGAUCUAAGUAAGGCGCUUCUCUCAUUCAGAAGAUACUCUUACUUUGCAGAGGAAGAACUACGUACUGGAAAGCUCCAGCUUAUGUUAAGGACUUAAAAAGCACUGAGCUUUAGAUACAGAGUUUGGCAUAUACUGAACUGUACUGUACAACGGUACAAUUUCAAUUAAGAUUUUUCAAAGCAAUGUUGUCCCUAUUUCUUUUGUUAUUUUCUUGAAUUUUUAUACGUACUAAUUUAAAUUAAACAUCAAUGAUUCAAAUUGAAGGAACAUUGGUGUGCAUUUGAUCCAUUCUUAAAUGUAGCAUUUAGUUCAUUCUAAGUAUAGGAUACCUAUUUUAAUUGUGUUUUCCAUGGUCUUCCAGAUUGUAUAUUGCACAUCUGCUUUCUAUGGUAGUGUUAUGUAUUGUAUUAAAACGUGAAUUAACUGUAGAAGCAAUAAGUACAAAAGUAACAUUGUUCCCAUUAUUAUUGUUGUUAUAUACAGACUAUUGAAACUAUGAAAUAUGACUUGU